AUAUAUAUAUAUAUAUAUAUUAUCCGAUCCCAAUACCCCGAAGUCGCGAGCUAGAUUCCCUAUCGAUUCGAGGCUAGAAUAAUUUUUGCCGCGAUCGCCGACCUGAUUGAGUGGCUCGCUACGUCAUACCCCCCACGCGCUUACGAGUUUUAUACGGGAUUUUAACACGCGAGGUGGCGAAAUAAUUUUUAGCCAGUCCCGAUUUACGUGUCGCGUCCCCGUGCCGUCGUUCGGGCGUUCAAAAAGUUUAAAAUGGCAAAUGAAGUACAAAAUUUGUUAAAAGAAAGACAGAAGAUUAGACUUUACAUAUAAACAUUAAAAAAUAUUUUGUAAUAAAUAGAAGUGUGAAGUGUGACAGUUGAAACACAAUGUUUGCUCUAGCUGUAGAUGGGGUCUGGCUCAGCGCCAACCUCAUAUCCAUAACUUUCUCUUGCACGACGAUGUGCCCUACACAAGCAACAUCCGGUGGAGUCGAACGAAACACCGGAAUACACAGUCAACGGCAAAUUGAAACUGAAUUAAUAAUGACCUCUUUUGGCCAACGGGAUAGCCGUAGGAGUUCCUUGCAGCCUGCGGCAGUCUCGCAGGUGAAUCUUCCUACUAAAUGA